CCCCUUCCCCCGCCAUUCAACAUUGUCCACGGCGCACGGAGCCGGUGGCCGGGGCGGGGUAGAAGCACUUCCUUGUUGUUGCGUGAGGGCGAGCGGAGCCGCAGCGCUGCACCUGAGCCCCCGCUGGAUCCGGCGUUGCCUCUGGAAACGUUUUGAACUACAGUGAAGGUAUUUAAAUCCUGGCACCAUGGCAGAGACAAUCAAGGACAAACUGAAGAAUUAUAAGACUGCCCCUUUCGAUUCUAGGUUUCCCAAUCAAAACCAAACCAGGAACUGCUUCCAAAAUUACCUGGACUUCCAUCGUUGUACUAAAGCACUGACUGCAAAAGGUGUUGAUAUUUCUCCCUGUGAAUGGUACAACAGGGUGUUCAAGUCAAUCUGCCCAAAUUCAUGGAUAAAGAAAUGGGAUGAUCAAUUGGAGCAAGGCACAUUCCCUGGAAAAAUCUAAGUGAUCAUUGCAGCCAGGUUGAAAAAUCUUACAAUGUUUGCAAACGUGCAUCUUACACCAAAAUAAAUCUGAAUAUUGAACAUA